GCGCCGUCUCCUUUCUCUCAUUCCCUCUCUCCACAGCCAAGAGAGAGCGAGAUGAUCGGAGGAGUGGGAUCGCAGUGAACGGAGCGAAGCGAUGGGGAGAUGCUCCGUCUCUCCUGUAACGCGACUGACCGCCCGCCACUGCCUCUCGUCCCUCCUCCUGGUUGCGCUGGUGACGCCGCCCUCCACCUGUAACCGUGACGACGGCAGGGAGGGUGAGGGCCAGAUGGAGGAUGCCCCGCCGGUCCAGCUGUCCGUCACAGCCCAAGCCACACCUACCCCGCUCUGGGCAGUGGUCUGGGGGCCCACGCAGCCCCUGGAGGAUGAGACUCACCACUUCCUGUCCGGCCAGGAAACCGACCACCCGCACCAGCGAGAGCACCAGCAGGCAGCCAGCACCACGGACAUGGAGGCCUGGCCUCAUCCCGAGGGGGUGGUAAGAAGCACGCAGCCCCAGGAGGAGCCGCUGCCGGAGGCCAGGGACCUAGACGGGGGGGACGAUCCAGGGGCGGCGGCGGAGGAGAGGGAUUCGGAGGAAGUCGAUCCUCAGUUCUACGUCACGGUGACCAUCUCGUCAGUGCUCAUCCUGACUGCGGUCAUCAUAACAGCCAAACUCUGUUAUGACCGCAGCUGUUCCCAGCAUCCACCCCCGCUCUCCCGUGGCGUGGCCCCACCCCUUUCUCUCACCCUCCCUCGCUCCCUCGCCUCGGAGGACAGCCGCCAGACACUCCACAGCACCCCCUCCUUCUCCGACCGGGAGAGGAUCCCUGUUGUGAACCUCUGAGGUGACUGUUUUUCGAUUUGAUAAAACAUUUCUACGACGCCCGUGGAGGAACAUCAACAUGGCCGGAGGCUGCGCCUGCGGCGGCGUUUUACUUUCUCCGAGACUGUGAAAUGAAA